AUCCACGGGCGGGGGUUUAUCCUUAAAACCCCAAAAUAGCACACAGCUGAAGCAGAGGAUAAAGAGAGAACGGAGAUGGCGUGGUCUCUCUCUUCUCGUCUUUCCUUCUCAAGACUUGACCCUCUUCUUCCCUUCUCCUCCUCCUCCUCCUCUUCUUCUUCUUCUUUAUUCAGUAGGAACCCGGGAACGCCCCGUUUGCACCAACGUUCGUUCUUGCGCAGUCUCCCGACAGCUUCCAAUAAACAAUUUGGGUCCACUCCCUCGUCAGCCCGCUCUCCAUCCGGCAGACACGUCUGCCGAGCAGCGGAAUACAAAUUCCCCGACCCAAUCCCUGAGUUCGCCGAUGAAGAGACGGAGAAAUUUCGGGACCAUCUGGCAAAGAAGCUGUCAAAGAAGGAUAUCUUCGGGGAUUCGAUCCAAGACGUUGUCGGAAUCUGCACCGAGGUAUUCAGCACUUUUCUGCAUUCGGAGUACGGGGGACCCGGGACUCUGCUGGUGAUGCCAUUCAUCGACAUGGCCGAUACAAUAAACGAGCGUGGAUUGCCUGGAGGCCCUCAAGCUGCCCGCGCAGCCAUCAAGUGGGCCCAAGCUCAUGUCGACAAGGACUGGAAUGAGUGGACUGGAGAGAAUUAAGCAGAUGAUAGAUGGCUUUCCAUGCCUUUGCUUUUUCACAUGUCGAGCUCCCUUUUGUCUCGGAUGGAACCAAUGGAGAUCCAUUCACGAGCAGUUUGACAAUGUAUGUUGUUAGGAUUUAUUAGUCAGUGAGCUUAUGUUGUUAGCAAAUAGUCGGUGUGCUCAGCACCAGGGGAAUCUCGAAUGUGAAGCAGGGAACAAUCAGUAAUACCUUUGGUGUAUUUUGUCAAACAACAUUGGCGUUAUGUAGCUCCUGAAGUUAACUCU